AUGCCCAGAAAAAAUUCAAAAACAAUGACAAAUAAAUGCGCAAAUAGUAACUCUAACGAUUUUAUUGAAGAUAAGAUUCUUGAUGAUAAAAAGAGAAAGAAGAGUACUGAGAGUUUAACCGUUGACGAAAAGGGGGAUAUAAUAAAAAGAAGAAGUAAAAGUAAAAGUUUAGAUGAUAGUAAUGGAGGUAUAGAAAAUAUGGAUAGAGUAAAAAUUUCUAAUAAUAAUAGAAAGAAAAAAAGUGAAGGUAUGAUUAAUAAUGAUGAUGAUAAUGAUAAUAUUAAGCGUAUGAACCAUAUGGACCAUAUGAACAAUGUGAACAAUAUGGACAAUAUGGACAAUAUGAACAAUGUGAACAAUACGAACAAUAUGAACUAUAAUAUAAAUGAUGAAGUAUAUAAAUUAGGUAGUUUUGAAUAUGAGGAAGAAUUUAAAAAGAAAAAUAUACGAAAUUCAGAAUGUAAAAGGAGGAGGAAUUUAAAAGAUAUGAAAUAUUUUAAAGACAUAAAACCACUAAAAGAUUUUGUAAAUUUAAAAAAUAGCAACAUUAAUAAUAAUAAUAAUCAACAUAAUAGUGGUAUAUUUUCUAGUUUCACCAGAUUUUAUGGUUAUAAUAAUAAAAACAGUUUUAAUUCUAAUCGAUCUAAACAAAGUACAUGUAGUAAUAGUAAUUUACAAAAUAAUAUGAACCUAGUAAAUUCUGCAAGUUUUGAAUCAAAAUUACAAACAUUUAAAAUACGAUUACAAUGGACAUUUAUAUUAAUCUUAUUAUAUUUUAUAAUAUUAGCAGCUGGACAUUUUUAUUGUUCCAUAUUAGUAUUAAUAUUAGUAACAACAUUAUAUAAGGAGAUUAUAUCAUUAAAAAGUAUAGAAAAUAAGGAUAAAAAAUUACCAGAAAUAUUUUAUAUUAGAUGGUAUUGGUUUUUUUUAACUAUAAUGACAUUGGGUAUACCAUGGGUUAUACCAAAAUUAAAACAUCAAAUACCUUUAUAUAAAUUUUUAUUAACAUAUCAUUCUAUAAAUAUGUUUAUAUUAGCAUUUGUUGGAUUUGUAUGGUUUAUAUUAUCAUUAAGAAAAUUUUCAUUAAAAUAUCAGUUUUCACAAAUAGGUAUAAUAUUAUUAUCCUCCUUAUUUAUUGUAACACAAUCCUUAAUGCAUAUUGCAAAUAUUUAUUCUGGUAUGAUAUGGUUUAUCGUACCAGUAUCAUCAGUUGUUAUAAAUGAUAUAUUUGCUUAUGUGUUUGGUAUUUUAUUUGGUAAGACAAGAUUAAUUCAAUUAUCCCCUAAAAAAACUGUAGAAGGCUAUGUAGGUUCCUCAAUUAUUACUAUAUUAUGGGGUAUUUUAAUAACAUACUUUUUACAAAGAUAUAAAUUUUUUAUCUGUCCACAAAAAUAUAUAACAUUCCAACCCUUUGUAUCAUGGAAUUAUAUUGAUUGUGAUAUUAAUCCUAUAUUCCAACAAAAAGUAUAUGAAGUACCGAAACAAAUCUCCCAAAUCUUAUCCAUCAAAAAUAUUUAUUAUAGUAAAAUGAUUUUUCAUGGACUCAUGCUAAGCCUCUUUGCUGCAUUCUUAGCACCCUUCGGGGGCUUUUUUGCAUCCGGUUUUAAAAGAGCACUCAAAAUUAAAGAUUUUGGAAAAUCCAUACCAGGCCAUGGAGGUGUUACAGAUAGAUUCGAUUGUCAAAUCUUUAUCGGAAUGUUUACAUAUAUUUAUAUGAAAACUUUUGUUAACAUCAAAGGAGGUAUUUAUUCAUAUGAUGUACUUAUUGAAUCUAUACAAAAAUUAGAUCAUAAGGAAAUAAUCAGGUUAUUAAAUCAACUCAAAAAUAUCGUAGACAAAAAAAGAAAAAAACAAGGCACAGAUAAUAAUAAAAAUGAUAUACACACACGAAAGGACAAAAGGUCAAAAGGUCAAAUAUAA